AUGGAAUGGUUAAUACAAGGAGCGGUCGGUAUUGGAGUUGGAGCCAUCUUGGCUUUUUUGGGAGUAGGUUUUUUACUGCGGAAAAACAACAAUAGAAAAACGGAGGAGGUCAAUAAGAAAGCCGAUCUGGUUAUUCAAGAAGCUCGGUUGACUGCUAAACGUAUGGUGGAUGAUGCAGAGACCAACGCUGAGAAAAUACAAUCAAAAGCGGAGGCUCGAAACGAAAGCAUAAAGCAAAAGAAAAUUAGAGAGGCCAAGCAGAAAUUUGGUCAGCUCAAGUCUGACUAUGAAGAACAAAAAGCAAAGCAUCGCAUCGAGAUCAAAGAACGCGAGAUGGAUGUUGUCACUAAGGAAAAGGAACUGAGGAGCAAAGUAGAUUCGUUUUCGCACCGAGUAGAAAACAUCGAAAGUCAAGAGGCAGAAAUUGCGACCAUUCGAGAGAACCUUGAAAAGCAGCUCAAGAUUAUCGCGAAGCGAAAAGAAGAUCUGGCUCAGGCCAAUGAAAAGCAGAUUAAAGCUCUCGAGAGCAUUGCCAAGAUGUCAGAAGCAGAUGCCAAGGAAAGUUUGCUGGAGGCCGUGAAGGCCAAAGCAGAGACCGAUGCGAUGGUCAUCGUGAAAAAGACAGUAGAAGAGGCUAAAUUAAAUGCGAAUAAAGAGGCCAAAAAGAUCGUCAUUCAAAGCAUUCAGCGUAUGUGUGCAGAAUACACGAUUGAAAAUACUGUAACGGUUUUCAACCUCGAAUCAGAUGAUAUUAAGGGCCAAAUCAUUGGUCGUGAAGGGAGAAAUAUUAGGGCCAUUGAAGCUGCCACAGGUGCUGAAAUAGUCGUGGAUGACACGCCAGAGGCAAUCGUAAUUUCGAGUUUUGACCCCAUCAGACGAGAGCUUUGCCGACUGUCGCUCAAACGCUUGGUGGCUGAUGGAAGAAUUCAUCCAGCACGAAUUGAGGAAGUGGUGGCCAAAACUCGAAAACAACUUGAAGAGCAGAUUAUUGAGAUCGGACAGCGAGCGGUGAUCGAGCUAGACAUUCACGGAUUAGAUCCCUACCUCGUGCGAAUGGUAGGUCGGAUGCGCUUCAGAUCUUCGUACGGACAAAACCUACUGAAGCACAGUAUUGAAACAGCCAACCUUUGCGCUGUAAUGGCAGCUGAGCUGGGUCUUAGUCGCAACCAAACUAAAUUGGCAAAAAGGGCUGGGUUGCUGCACGAUCUUGGUAAGGUGGCCGAAGAAGAAACGGAAUUGUCGCACGCCAUACUAGGUAUGCAGAUGUGUGAAAAAUUAAAAGAGCAUCCGGCGGUAUGCAAUGCGGUAGGGGCUCACCACGAUGAAGUAGAAAUGAACAACAUCAUUUCACCCAUCGUGCAGGCUUGCGAUGCCAUAUCUGGUGCCCGACCCGGUGCUCGCCGAGAAAUCUUAGAGAGCUAUCUGAAGCGUAUUGGUGAUCUCGAAGAGCUGGCCAUGAGUUACGAUGGAGUACAGAAAGCCUUUGCCAUGCAGGCUGGACGCGAAUUGCGCGUGAUCGUAGAGAGCGAUAAAGUGACCGAUCAAUAUGCCGAUGACCUGAGCUUCAUGAUUUCAGAAAAGAUUGAGAAUGAAAUGCAAUAUCCCGGUCAAAUAAAAGUGACCGUCAUACGGGAGAAGCGAGCGGUUAGCGUGGCUAAGUAG